AUAAUGAAUGCAUUUAGAACAAAAAUCUUAGUAUGGACACCAAAAACUCAAUAUGCUUCGCUGAUACCUAUCAUUAUUCUUAAUGAGAUAUUUGGUCUACGUACAUUUGAAUUAAAAGGACAAUUACAAUAUGGCUGGAGUAUAAUAUACGCGUGCAUAUGCAAUAUUUUAUAUGCUAUAUGUCUGAAUAUAGUAAUUAAUGUAAAUUACAAAAAUUGGUCUAUAUAUCAAGAAGUCAGUUUUAAAAUGGUUUUCUAUAUCAAUUUUAUAUGCAUCAUGAUUUUUAUAAUUCUUGGAAUAUUAAAUACAGAAUGUUCGAAAAGAAUUAUAGCAAGAUGUGAACAAAUAGACAAUACCUUAAAAUCACUUGGAAUUGAGAAAAAUUAUAAAAAAACUUUUUUCCAAAUUAUACAAAAAUUAAUUAUAUUCAUCACAAUAAUGAUAAGUAUUAUCUUGCUAAAUUGGAAUUUUUACUUUCAUCAUAUUUGUAAGUUAGAGCACAAUAUUGUUACAAGAAAAUUGAUCUAUUUAACAGUCAGAGUACAAUGUAUUCACAAAGAGCACUAA